AACUAACGUGCAACCUUGGGCAAAGACCGCUUCUGUCAAGGUGGAUGCGGGAUAUAACGCAGGGGGGUUGCUGCAAGGAUGUCUUUAUUUUCUGAUUGUCGCAGUAAGUUGUAGUCAUUGUUAUUGCCUAGACCAUUUAAUUAAUAUUCGCAAGAAAGUAACGCAAACGGGAAAAGAUGUGAUCUCUAGAAGUAAAAUGUGGUCAAAGAUUUCUUCUGAACAACCGAAAAAUUGUGAUAUGAUAGUGACAUUUUCAUCCACCACCAAACACGAAUCGAUACUUUGGCUUGUCAGUCUUUUCAGAAAAAGAGUUCCUCAACUUAUUGCUUCUAUACAUUAUCACAAGAAUACUUGCCAAUAUGCCUUAUACAUUUCUGCCCGUUAUAGUGACCUUCUUCGAGGUGCCGAAUUGAUUGGACUCAAAAAACCCAUCAUUCCACAGCAUGGCUAUGGUUGCCGCGAGUUUUCUGUCGAUGACUUGGAUCUGUUUGAAAACGUGACAGAAGAAACUAGUUUUCUUACAAGUCUUGAAAGAGGCAGUAUUUUACAGCAUUAUUUGAAUAGCCUACGUUCUGUUGCUGGGGAUAAAUGGGAUAAUGAGCUAAUUUUUGGUGAGGGACAAAGUAUAGGUAAGAAAAAUUUCGAUACUAUUAUGCACAUUUUUCGCGUACCCGCAUUGAUAUAG